AUGGCCGCGAAUAAUUCACAUCUUAUUUUAUUAUUAUUAAUCAUAGGAAGUGCUUGUGAAAUUUUUGCAAAAAGGAAGAAUGACUAUAGUGAUAAAACUUUAUGGAAAGAUACAUAUGAAAGUGAGUUGACCGAUGCGAUGAUUUCGCCUAAAAGAGGCCACAAAAACCUCACAAGAGUGGCUCAGUCGCCACCGCAAACCGAAAAUGAGGCUGUUCUAGAUAAACUGUUGGAAACCAUCACAUCCAGUGAGAAAUAUGUCAAAAAGAUUGAGAGCAUCGACUUUAGACUGAACCGCUUGGACAUAGAAGUACAUGAAAAAUCAAACAGCAUUUUGAAGAAUUUAGGAGAAGUGCUUAAAGUUGUACAGAAAAAAGAAUCGUUUGAAAAAUUUGAACCAUUUUUAGACAAUAUUAGGAAAGAGUUAAAUGAAAUAAAAUAUUUAUUGGAAAACAAUCCUCGAACAAAAACCAACAACGUAGAAGGAGCAGAGUAUCAGAUGGAUUCAAACUUAGACAGCCGACUCUCAUUUUUGGAAAAUCAUAUGAAGAAUAUAAUGACUAGUGUUGACUCGAUAGCAACAAUCAUUUCUGAGGUGAAAGCUCGUCAAUUCUCCCGUACUAUUUCUACCAAAAAUGAGGGUGGUGCUGGCACUUCUGAUCACAUUUCAUUAAUCUCAGAGUUCAGGAGAGCGUUACAUGAGCAGAAAUAUAGGAAAUGCGAUUGCAAACAAGGCAGGGUGGAUCGCGUUGAGAGAUAUCCGACCGACUGUCAGGAAAUUCAACUGCAAGGAUUCAAUGUAUCUGGUAUUUACAAAAUAAGGCCUGAUGAUAUAGAGCCCUUCUAUGUCCUGUGCGAUCUCAAUACUGCGGGAGGUGGCUGGACCGUGAUACAAAACCGAUUCGACGGAUCUCAAGAUUUCUUCAAGGCGUGGUCGGACUACAAACAUGGGUUUGGUAACUUAGCGGGAGAAUUUUGGCUCGGACUGGAGAAGCUGAACUUCCUUACAAAUCAAAAGCUUUAUGAGUUGAGAGUUGAGAUGGAAUCUCAAUCUGGACAGGAAGCUUAUGCUACAUACUCGGUAUUCACCGUCGGUUCUGAGUACGAGGGUUACAGAAUUAGUACACUUGGUACAUACAGGGGAAACGCAGGCGAUUCCUUGACUUACCACGCCGGUCAAAAGUUUUCAACUCUUGACGCUGAUAAUGACGAGUGGAAGGAUGGAGCAUGUUCUUUGGAACACGGUGGGGCGUGGUGGUAUAAGGAAUGUGAUAAGAGCAAUCUAAACGGUAAAUAUAUGCCCUCUGCUGACGAACAACAAGGACAGUCAAUCUACUGGAUAUCAUUCAAAGGCCCCGGCUCACCCUUGGCCAAGACGCGAAUGAUGAUCCGGCCGCUCCCUGCGAGUAGACCGGCAGACCAUACUGAUUCAGGCCGGAAAAUAUUAGAAACAAACAAAGUGAAACCAAGUGAAAAGGCAAAGGGUCCACGCAAAGAAUCUCAAGGGUCCUACGACAUGAACCGGGCCCGCGCACCUUACAGAUUCGACAACAUACACCCUGAAGGAUUCUUCCCCAAUUACACAUAAUUUUCAUUAAUAUUAAUAUGUUACAAUGCAUUCCUUUA